GCAACUCUGUAUCAUCAAAUUUUCGUGGCACAAAAUAUUAUACAGCAAAAGAUUCACGAAAAAGGAAGAGGAGAAGCAGGUGAAAUGGCCGCCUUAACGAGCCUAUGCCCGCCGGCGACUCCGAAGCCCUCCUCCGCCGUUCGAUCUACGCCUCCUGUGGUCUUCGCCGGUCGGAGGAAGUGGGCGGAAUCCCGGCGGAGGACCGGUGGAGUCGUCGCCUCCAGACUCGGGGCCGAUGCCUCCGACCCGCUGCUCCAGGCGGCUCUCCGUGCCGCUUCUCUUCGCUUCCAAGAGUCGCUCCGCCCAGAUCCUCUUUUUGUUGAUCCAUACUCCGGUUGCCUUCUUUCUCCUACUGUUAGCCAUGAGGAUUUGGAGGAUAAGUGUUUACCUUCUUUGCGCCACUAUAGGUGGACGACAAAAUAUGUUGAUGAUAAAUUGCUUGCUUUGCUGGGAACUAUGGAUGAGCUUAGUCAGAUUGUUUUGUUGACAGAUGGUAUGGACACACGUCCGUAUAGGCUGAGUUGGCCAUUUUCAUGUGUCAUAUUUGACAUCUCUCCCCAGAGUGUCUUCAAUGUGGCUUCUCAAAAACUAAAAGGUACAGGAGCUAAAAUUGGGAGAAACUGUAAUUUAGUUCAUGUUCCUCUAGAGUCGAUCGAUUUGCAGGCUGCCUUGUACAAGAAGGGUUUUAGUGGGAAUAAGCCAAGUUUAUGGGCCAUCCAGGGGCUGCCCAUAUCAACUUUGACAAGCUUGAAAGGUAUAUUAUCCCUUGUAAGCAGUUCAGCUAUGAAAGGAAGCAUUCUCAUGGGAGAAUUGCCAGACUUUUUGGCAGGGACUGAAUUUGAAACAAAGGAAAAGAGACAUCAGUGGACAGAUAAACUUUUUAUGAGCCAUGGCUUCCGAGUUAAUGUCGUUGGGUACGAUGAGAUUGCAAAAAACGUGGACUUAGAUGAGCCAUUUGAUGACACCAAAAAUAUAGUAUUUAGUGCUGAGCAGUUGCGAUUUUCUGAUGCUGAGAUGGAGUCAUGGAGGGCACAUCUGGAAAGGAUAGAGCAGGAAGGAGAUGAAGAAGGAUUUGAGGAAUUGUAGCUUUUUGAAGGAAUAAUGCCCUUGGAGCAACAAUUAGCAUUCAUUCACAUCAGUUAUAUUGGAGUUUGCCUGAACAUUUCUAUGUUCCAAAUAGCUAUUUAAUUUGACAUUUUGUCAAAUUAAUAUUUGAAGCUCACAAGACUCCCUUUGUGUUCUAGGUUUGUGGAGUGGCAAAGUCAGGUUAUUUGUGAUCUAUUUAUUGGUAGGGAAAGUAAUCUUUAUUUUGUCACGAAGAAUACAAUUAUUCCGCCUUGGCUACUUUCAUCGAA